AUGGCGACAUUCAAUUCCGAUGCUACUUCAGACCUCCGGGAUGCCAACUUUGACUUUGUGGUCAUCGGCGGAGGAACGUCUGGCUUGGUAGUGGCCAACAGACUAACAGAAUGUCGGGAUACACGAGUGCUUGUGCUCGAAGCUGGUACCAACCGCUUGAAUGAUCCUCGUCUUCUCGUGCCGGGGCUGGCUUCCACAACAUUUGAGGAUCCGAAUUUCGAUUGGAAUUUCAAAUCGGUGCCACAGGAGCAAUUGAAUGGUCGUCACUUGUGGGCAAACAAAGGUCGGACAUUAGGUGGAUCGUCGGCCAUUAAUAUGGGUAUGAUUGUCUACCCAUCGCGAUGUGGUAUGAACGCCUGGGAAUCGUUAGGCAACCCGGGUUGGGGGUGGGAUGCUUUCAGCCCAUAUAUUCGCAGUUUUCAUCAAGCAACGGCGCCCUCGGACCAGGUGCGCCAUUUUUUCCAAGAUAUGAAAUACGACCACGGCCACCAGGGAAGUGAAGGACCCGUGAAAGUAUCAUUUGGCGAUGAGUAUAUGCCAUAUCAUACCGCUUGGCUAGAGACGUUCAAGACCCUGGGAUAUCCCCAGACCGAGGAUCAGAUCUGCGGCCUCGGCAUAGGUCCUUUUGUCAGCCCUGGCGCCGUGGACCCUGAGACACAUACCAGGAGCCAUGCGGGGGUUGCUUACCUGGGACCAGAGGUUCAGGCCCGGUCGAACUUAAGAAUCGUGACAGGGGCUUUGGCCGAGAAGCUUGUGCUGGAACGGCGAAGGGAUAUUGUGGUCGCCACAGCUGUUCGAUUCACCAAGGCAAACCAAACAUACACCGUCUCUGUCAGGAAAGAGGUCAUUCUAGCAGCCGGAACUACCCAGACGCCUCAGAUUCUGGAGUUGUCUGGGAUCGGGAAUUCCGAUCUUCUCAGGCAACACGGCAUUACACCCGUGAUAGAAAACCCGGGGGUGGGGGAGAACUUGCAAGACCAUGGAUUUGUUUCAUUUGGGUAUGAGGUAGCCGACGGUCUACCCUCGGGGGACGUGGCCAGAGAUCCCGUGGAGGCUGCCGCUGCGAUGGAAGCAUACCAGAAGGAUGGCUCUGGGCCAUUAGGUAUGGUGCCCUUGGUAUCUGCAUUUAUGCCAUGUGUGGACUUUGCUCCGACAGAAAGAGAGCUGCUGCUUCAAGAGCUCCAAUCGUGCAUGGUGACCCCGGGAAUCCCUCGUGCCCGUGAGAAGCAAUAUAAAGCACUGUACCGGAUUCUGGAGCAGCCUGAUGAGCCCACUUCCCAAUAUAUCCUCGCUCCAUUCCAGAUUCUCCCGCGCCGACGCGAGACUUCGAAAAGUGUUUUUGACUUCAGCCAUCCGGGCUUUUUCAUCAGCAUCGUGUCAAUGCUCAAUUAUCCACUCUCUCGGGGAUCUGUCCAUUUGCAAUCUGCCGAUUCUUCCGCCGCCCCGAGGAUCGACCACGGAAUCCUCCGACACCCACUUGAUCUAGAUCUGCAUGCGCGUCAUACAAUAUGGAUCGAAAGGAUUGCCGAAACAGAACCAAUGGCAUCACUACUCAAGCAACAGGGCCAGCGUCUGCACACACCAGAGCGCGUAACGGAUUUAGACCGAGCAAAGGAGUUGUGCACUGAACUAGCCCUGUCAACGUACCAUCUUAGUGGAACGUGUGCAAUGAUGCCAUAUGAAGAUGGGGGUGUUGUGGACCCUCGAUUGAAGGUACACGGAACUGCAAAUAUCCGAAUUGUCGAUGCGAGUGUAUUUCCCUUGGUACCUCGAGGCAACAUCCAAUCCACUGUUUUCGCGGCAGCGGAGAAGGCAGCGGAUUUGAUCAAAGAAGACAUGUACUAG